AUGGAGCCCUCCAACAAUGGUUCUUCCUCUCGCCUCGCACCUCUAGAGAAUAGAUAUGAGGAUGAAGUAUACGGAGAACCGUUGAAAUCUAAAGAUUUAUACAAGAGUACACAGCCAACCUCGUUUUUGGAACCGCUUGCACUUACCGAUAUAACUAGCCGUAGUGUUAACCCCACCGGCAUCUCUAUGAGUAGCGGCAUCUCUGCUUACAUGAGCUCGCAAGCGAGCAGGUUUGAGGACUAUCUUUAUCAAUUCGCCAUGCAGCCAACUUCUGGAUCCAAAAAUGGACCAUUAUUCUCAUGGUUUGGUGACUACGUCUUGGCACAAUCGGAUAAGAUUCUGGAAUAUUGGUAUUUCAAGCCUACAAAUUACAAAAAGCAAAAGUUUAAUCAGAGUGUUGUCGACCGCCUGCAAUCCUCGAACUUCACUCGCUGGAUUACGCUAGUGGAUAUAGGCAUUGUCGAAGCAUUUGUUGCAGGUGAUACCACACAGAGUUCAUUACAUGCCUUCUGGCUUGAUUAUGUUGGAGGUGCUGUGAAGCGGGAGCUGGAACGCGGCCGCGCGCCGCUUGAGACGCAGGAACGACGCACUGAUUGGAUCCACUUCUCACUUAUGAAGGCUAUGGUUGUGAAAAGUUCAAACGCCUAUCGAUUACUCCAGGGGAUCACGCCUACUUUCCUGGAGACAAUGUUUUCUGAUCCAACACUCUGGCCAGACGAAAGUAACUUUAUGCGUAUCCCGCUUUCAAACAUUCUAGCUUCGGAAAACCACGAGCUCGCGUUUUUUACUUCCGUAGAUUCAACUUUCUCAAUGGCGUUUGGACUUCCCCAGCAAGUUGAAUACGACUCAACAAUCCACUUCAAACACUGUUCCACAUCCCACCAAUGGGCCCAUAACACUCCCGCUGAUUUUCAAAUACUGCUCACUGAGAUUAAUACUUGUCGUGACAAGUCUCCAAAUGCACGUUGCUGGAGAAGUAUUGAGCAACAGCUGAUAAUGUGGCAAUCUCGGACUGGGGAGCAUACAUUUGCAGAAUCGUGGAUGACAGUCGCAUGGUACGCAGUGCAAGAAAGCUGGCGACUUGCACUCUUGGCUUACCUUUACAUCGCGGUUUGUGAUAUUCCUUCGAAUGAUCCACGAAUACAAACUUGUGUAAAUCAAAUACUCCAAGUAGUGGAGACAUUGAAGCCACGGGGAUCAUUCAAGUUACACGCUUCACUUUUUAUUCAGUACUUGAUAGCAGGAAUAUGUGCGCGGACAGAAGCACAACGCAAGAAAGUGCGAGACAAACUAUUAUCUCCCAAUGAAACUAAGCUCUGGCUUUUGCGUGCAUCGGAUUUUGUCCCUGUUCUAGAUCAUUUGUGGCACGGAGUCGCUGUAGAUGGCCGUUCUAUUAGAUGGUGCGAUUAUAUGCAAUCGCGGGAGACAAUGCUUCCUGUAUGA